AGUAUUGCACAGGUGAACUGGCUCCUCCCCUUCAGUCUUGCACAGGUGUACCGGCUCCUCCCCUUCAGUCUUGCACAGGUGUACCGGCUCCUCCCCUUCAGUAUUGCACAGGUGAACUGGCUCCUCCCCUUCAGUCUUGCACAGGUGUACCGGCUCCUCCCCUUCAGUCUUGUACAGGUGUACCGGCUCCUCCCCCUCAGUCUUGCACAGGUGUAUUGGCUCCUUCCCUUCAGUUUUGCACAUCUAUACCGGCUCCACCCCUUCAGUCUUGCACUGGUGUACCAGCUCCUCCCCUUCAGUCUUGCACAGGUGUAUCGGCUCCUCCCCUCCAGUCUUGCACAGGUGUACCAGCUCCUCCCCCUCAGUCUUGCACAGGUGUAUUGGCUCCUUCCCUUCAGUCUUGCACAGGUGUACCGGCUCCUCCCCUUCAGUAUUUCACAGGUGUACCGGCUCCUCCCCUUCAGUCUUGCACAGGUGUACCGGCUCCUCCCCUUCAGUAUUGCACAGGUGUACCAGCUCCUCCCCCUCAGUCUUGCACAGGUGUACCGGCUCCUCCCCUUCAGUCUUGCACAUCUAUACCGGCUCCACCCCUUCAGUCUUGCACAGGUGUUGUACCGGCUCCUCCCCUUCAGUCUUGCACAGGUGUACCGACUCCUCCCCUUCAGUCUUGCACAGGUGUAUCGGCUCCUCCCCUUCAGUAUU